GUUGUACCAGUCGCUCGACAGAUUUCGGAGGGCAACGUAAGUUGCGGCUAAACCUCGGAGAAAUCAUGUGAGCGACUGGGAAGGAGUCUGUAGAAGCAUCGUCUUACGGCUAUCCUCCAAACAUAGCGGAGCAGGAAUCGCGACAGCCGAGCGUGGAAGAGGUAACCUUGACAGUCACCUACCCUCGCUGUUGCCCUCUCUGAACAGCGGUGUUCCAUUGUGGUUCGCUGCUGAUACGGGGGUCGUAAGGCCGUACAAGGCAAUUAGUGUGUGCCGCUCUGGUGGCGUAGAGUCACCCCCAGGGUGGAUUUGCUUGUGGUUGUGCCUCCCCCUUCAUUUGGUGAAGGAGAACGCCUAGAGGGCCGCUAACUCUGCACGCAAGCCUCGCUGGACUCAUCAUUUCGCUCGUUUGAUUACCCUUCUCUUCCAUGUUCAGGGGCCAGACUUCUAUGUUCCGUGGUCACCCACAAGAGCUCCCCCUGCCCGAUAAAGAAAACGGGGGCGCUCAUGUGGGAGGGCGUCCAGCUCAAAGCAAUACAUCAUUCUUAGCCAAUGGCGGUUGCCACAACGUAUCAUCCUCCGCGUUCUCCGACUAUACGAUCACCACUGGCCGUCCUGAGCCUGAGCCGCAAACAUUUUCACGGCCAGCCCACUCAGCACCUCGGCGCCAUCCGCGGGGUGGACGUUCUCCAUAUCGAAUGUCUCCCUACUCCCGCUGCCGCUCGUCAUCCCCUAACAGUAAGUCUCCAAGUUCGUUCGAUCACCGGAACCGACCACUUCGGAUGCGGUAUGACGCCUCUCAUCGUUUACCCGGAAGCCCAUCAUGGGACUAUGAGCAUGCACGUCGAUCGGGUGGGGAUUGCUCAGGCCAUUAUUCCCAGGACUCACGCGGCAUACUGCCUAGUGCCCCCUCGAGUGGGUUUGGAGCUAUAGGUCGACCCAGCUCCCAAGGCACCUUCCGUCAUUGUCCGCCUUCUGUCGAGUCGAUACCCGUUAGGUCGAUACCAGAACUUCGUUGCCCUCCAUCUUCCACCUUGCCAUCGCGUCCUAGUCUUUCUGAUGAGCAGAAAAGUCAGCCAAAGCAUUCAACCACUUCUUCCCGAUUCCAUCCCUAUCCCACGCCGGUACCGUUGCAGCCUGCAUUCGAUCCCACUCCACGAUCAAUCAUCCCCUUGCCCGACUUUCACCGCUGUUUCACUGUCCAACAGCUGUGCGGCACGGAGGACACUGAGCCAAACUGGGCAAGCGAAAUCGCAAUUAUCCAAGGUGCCCCGAUCCGAGCUGUCCAGCCCCUCGCUCCGACUUUGGAAGCCGAAGUGCUCGUCAAUAGGUGGAGAAACGAGGUAUCGACCUAAACUGGCGUACCGCCAAGCGCCAGUCCGCGUGAUCGCCGUCAAUACGCACCAGACCUGUUCGUACAACGGCACUUAUGCUUCCUGGGUUGGCAUCAAGGCGGGACGUAAACCCAGC